AUGGUGACCUUGAACUCUCUGGUUGAGCUCUUGCAGCGUCAAGCCGUACCCGUUGCUCUUUCCCUUCUCAUCCUGUUCCCGUUUCUCACACAUUACAUCUCUACUACUCUCUUCUAUCGGAAGGCCAAUAGUAGACAGCCUCGUCAAAGUCCUCCCACAAUUCCGUAUUGGGUUCCCGGGGUGUUUCACGCGAUUGGUUUGGCUGUUGGACCUGCAGCCUUCUUUGCGAAACUCAUCAAGGAAUAUGGAAGUUACGCGCCGUUCGUCGUUAAAGCAGGGACAUCGUCUUACGUAGUCAUCCGAGACCCAAAUCACGCCAAGGAAAUUUUCCAAGCGCCGCAGCAAUUGACGAUGAAGACACGCCUUGCUCACGUCCAUGACAGGGUCCUAGGCUCUCCGAAGGAAGCUGUCAAGAUCUACCAAGGCAUUGGCACCGGCCACGAAGAUAGCAAACAAGUUGAGUAUGCCCAGCUCGCCCUGCCGCAGAAAUACUUGACGCAUAUGCCCCUGAUCUCGCUGGCUGAGGUAUACAUCUCAACUCUCCGGCGCAAUCUUUCCAACAAGAUGUUUCAAGUCAAGACGUGGACUCAGAUCGAAAAUGUCUGGUCGUUCUUCCAGAUCGAGAUCACCCGAGCAGCUACGGAAACAUUGUUCGGCUCAGCGUUGCUGAAGCAGUAUCCGAAGGUGGUUCAUGACUUCUGGAAGUUCGCGGCUAAUCAUGAUGAUCUUGAGUGGGUACUGCCACAGUUCAGGAUGUCUUCUACGGACGGCAUCCGCGAUCAGCUCGAAGAGAAUCUCAAGAAGUGGCUGCAGACCACUCAUGGCGGUCCCGAUUUUGCAGAGCUGGGGGACGAAGAUCCCAUCUGGGAUGCGCAGAAGGGAUCACGGUUUAUCCAAGAACGGGACCAGGUAUUUGCCAACCUGCCGUCAUUCAAUUACCAGGCAAGGGCAGCGGAAACCUUGGGCAUCAUACAAGCAUUAAUACCCGACAUAAUGUCCUCAACAUUUUGGUGCGUGGUCGAAAGCCUCCGGGAUCCGGACCUCGUAAAACGCCUCACGGCGGAGAUGGCACCGUUUUACGAAGUCAAAACAGGCGCUUAUGACAUCGCCGCGAUCACGGAUCUUUCCAUCGUCCAGUCUCUUCUCGCUGAAACCGGACGUUUGCGAACAGCCACCUGUACAAUUCGCACCAAUGUAGAGGCAGAGUUCAAAUUGGACGAUACGUGGACAAUCCCGAAGGGUAUGUCUGCCUUGGUCUUCUCGCAUGACCUUGCGCUCAACACCGAAUUAUGGGCCAAGGCACGACCGCAGACCGUCGCGCGUCCUCUUGAAGAAUUCUGGGCCGAACGGUUUCUAACAGCUGAUUCCCCAACUCCGGGAAGGAAACAGAGCAGUAGAAAAAGCGGGAUUGGAACGGGUCGAUUUAGCAUGGAUGGUGUUGAGGCCUUACAUGUCUCGUUCGACUGGGAUCCUAUGCGUUGCUUAACGAAGGCCAUGCAGGCAGCUACACUUGGCGUAUUGUUGACCGAGUUUGAGCUCCAGCUCUGCGAUCCGGAGGCUACACAGGCCGCACUUCCUCUAUUGCGAGAAGUAGCGUAUGGGAUGAUAAAGCCGUUGGACCAGAUCGCCAUCCGCAUCCGAAAACGCACCCAUAGCAAGGAAUCAACAUAG